AUGUGGCAAAAAAUACGCGCAGUGAAGCAAACCGGGCAAACAUACGCCAGCCUAACAAAUUUGAGCUUUGCCGGCUUUCGGGCACAACAAGUGCGCACAAAUUAUUCGAACGCGACCAAACAACAACUCAAUGAACUCAUAGAUUACAAUGCACCAGAACGCACUGAUCCCGAAUGGGUGAAUGCGAAGGAAUGUGAAACAAUACCUGGACCAUCCAAGUAUGGAUUCUUCUUAGCGUUUCUACCUGGAGGUGAAUUUCACAAUUUGAACUACAUGGAGAUGAAUAAAAUCUUGCGCAAAAGAUAUGGGGACAUGUUUCUUCUGAAAGGCAUAUUUAGUCGACCUAGUACCGUAUUCACCUAUAAUGCUGACGAUUUUGAAACGAUAUAUCGCAACGAAGGCAUAUGGCCUAUACGUGAGGCAUUAAUGACAUUCGAUCAUUUUCGAAAAGUCAAAAGACCGGAUUUUUUCAAAGGCUGCAGUGGACUUGUAACUGAACACGGUCGCAGCUGGGGUGACAUGCGCAAUAAGAUUAACUCGGUCAUGAUGAAGUCGGCCAGCAUACGCGCUGAUCUACCAGAAAUCGACAAAAUUUCUAUGGAAUUUUUAGAGAGAUUUGAGUCUAUACGCAAUCCCAUCACCGGUUUAUUGAAAAAUGAUUUUCAAAGUGAACUGAAAAUGUGGGCGUUUGAGUCGGUCACAUAUAUUGCGUUGAAUAAACGUUUGAAUGCAUUCAGUGCGAACGGUAGCGAAGAUGCGGCAACUCUGGCAGGGAAUUGUGAAGAUGUUUUCAAUCUGAGUUUUGUUUUGGACAUGACGCCAUCUUUGUGGAAAUAUUUUGAAACUCCUGGUUUUAAGAAAUUAAUGCGCGCCUACAACAGCGUUACGGAAAUCACAUUCAAAUACAUAGACGAGACUAUGAGACGCAUCGAAGCGGAAGGUAAAACGGAGGCGAAUAGCGUUCUAGAGAAGUUACUGCGUAUCGAUAAGCAUUUAGCUGUUUUGAUGGCCAUAGAUACAUUGAACGCCGGCAUGGACACUACUGCAUCUUCAUUUAUCACGAUUCUGUAUCAUUUAGCGCGUAAUCCUGACAAGCAGGCGGCACUACGUCGUGAGCUAAUCAGUAUAAUGCCCGAUCCAAAAACUCCGCUAACAGCCGAAAAUACCAAAAACAUGCCAUAUUUGCGUGCAUGCAUCAAGGAAGGGCUACGCAUCACCCCCAUCGCGCCGGGUAAUCUGCGCACGAUGCCCAAAGAUUUGGUGCUCUCCGGUUAUCGUAUUCCACGCGGUACUUCGGUUCACAUUGGCAAUAUGGCACUGUGUAACAGCGAAAAGCACUAUCCACGUUAUAAGGAAUUCAUACCUGAGCGCUGGCUGAAAGCGAGCGAGGACGCUUGUCCAGAGUUGCGCAGCAGUAAUCCCUUUAUUUAUGCCCCAUUCGGAUUGGGACCGCGCCAAUGUGUGGGCAGGCGUGUGGCAGAAAUGGAAAUGGAAACUUUGUUAGCACGCCUGAUACGAAUGUAUCAAGUAAGCUGGUCCAAACCGGAAGAAAUACAGUAUAUUAGCAAUUUAAUUUUAAUACCGAAGCCGCCUUUGCAUUUUAGAUUUAUGCAACUUGAAGAGGAAGAUUGCGCCAUAGGUAGUUUGGCUGUGUAGGAUGAAAUACUUUUUUUUGUGAAUUGGAAUUAAGUAAAUGUUAAUUGUUAUAACUUAAAAUUGUUAGUAGGUGAUCAACAAGAUGUUUUUAAUGUUGGAAAGUCUUAAAUCCGGGAUGAAAAAUAACAGUUUUUGAAAUUUCAAUUUGUCUACUUAAAGGAAUAUUAAUUUUAAACUUUGCAGUCUAAUAUAACAGUUAAAAUUUUAAUUGUUUUUUGCGAUCAAAAAAAAAGUAGAUAUUUAUUGGCUUCUCAUCUGCUUGCCAACGAACAAAAAAGAUAUAAGUCGUUUGUGCAAUAAUAUGCAAAUAAACUGUUAUUUUUAUCGAAAGAUUACAGUAAAAUUUUAACCGAAAAAAAUAUAAGUCGAAUUAAGAGAUAAUUUUUGUUCGAAAAAAUAACGAUUUUUUUUCUACUAAAAACAACACAACAGUUGCGGUCAUUUUUUAAUGUAAAAUAACAGUUGGAAUAGUUUUAGGGAAUUUGCUGGAUACGAUAAGAGCUAGAUAUUGUGAUGCUUAUUACAAUGUGUAUAUUAAAAUUUUUAGUUGAAAUAGCAGUUGCUAAAAAAAAAUUUUGAAAUGUAUAUAUUUUUUUA